AUGAGGGACCGACUUUCGUGGUACAUGGUAUUCUUAAUUCUUCCAACAAUUUUAUUGGCUCGUUCACUUGACAAAGUCAAUGAAGCAAAUGAUAACAACACGGUAUCCAAUGUCACUGUCCAACUGGGAGGGACUGCAUUUUUGCACUGCAAAGUCCGCAAUAUUGGCGAGCGUUCCAUCUCCGAUGCCGAGAUAUCAUGGAUACGUCGUCGAGACUGGCACGUAUUGACGAGUUCUUUAUUCACCUACACAAACGACGAACGAUUCCAGGCACUUCAUCCGGAAGGCUCGGACGACUGGACACUACAAAUAAAAUAUGUUCAAGAGAGAGAUAAUGGGACGUAUGAAUGCCAGGUAUCAAGAAGCACAGGAAUAAUAUCACAUUUCGUGAAUCUAAACGUGGUGAUACCAGAGGCAUUUAUAUUAGGCAGCGAGGAGCAUCACGUCGACGUGGGUUCUAUAAUAAGCCUCGUAUGCAUAAUAGAAAAGAGCCCUACGCCUCCUCAGUAUGUGUUUUGGUAUCACAAUAAUCGGAUGAUAAAUUAUGAUACCGCGAGAGGAAGUGUCAGUGUACAGACAGAGCCAGGACCAACUCAAAGUCGUCUUACAAUUCAGCAAGCAGUUGAAACAGACUCGGGAAAUUAUACUUGCAGGGCUUCCAACACUAAGCCCGCUUCAAUCUUCGUCUUCGUAACAGAAGGUGACAAAAUGGCGGCAAUUCUACGCCGUAAAACGUCGUCCGGGGGAGAACGGACAUUAGGAGAGUUGAUACUGGCGUUGAUAAUAGCCAGUACCCUUUUAGUGCGAUAA